AUGAAAAGCCUCAUUGUUUCCUUCGGUGUCUUGGCCACUGUAUUGUUUGAGAUUUGCACUGCAGCAGUACUCCAGCAUAUCAGUGAAUUGAAAUCAACAUCGUUUGAUUUCAUUGUAAUCGGAGGAGGAACAGCUGGUGCGGUGGUAGCCAACAGGCUGUCAGAGAUAUCAAAAUUCCAGAUUCUAGUUAUCGAGGCUGGUCCGACAAAUGAAGGGGUCCUCAACGCCAUGGUCCCUGCGUUUGAUUUUAAUCUUCAAAAGACGAUAUACGACUGGAAUUACACUACCUCUCCUGGAAUUGGAGGUUGCAGUUCGCACAAUGGCAUGUUCUAUACUAGAGGCUCGAGGGACGAUUACGAUCGGUGGGCCAAUAUCACCGACGAUGCUGGAUGGUCAUGGGAAAAACUACUUCCGUAUAUUCUCAAGAAUGAAAAAUGGAGUCCUCCCGCUGACCUCCAUGAUACUCGAGGGGAGUUCGAUCCAUCUGUCCAUGGAUUUGACGGAAUGAUGUCCACAAGUUUGCCUGGGUUUCCUCAGAGCAUCGAUAGCAUGAUUCUCCAGGUACCAGGUCAACUACCCCAACAAUUUCCUUUCCUAUUGGACAUGAAUGCGGGCAGACCUCUUGGCCUGGGUUGGUUUCAAGCAAGUAUUGGCAAUGGGACCAGGAGUAGCUCUGCUACCGCCUACUUGUCGGAUAAUUUCACAAGUCGAACCAAUUUGCAUGUUCUGUUGAACACCAAGGUGAACCGUAUCCACAGCACGAAAAAAGGAUCCUCUGGUGUUCCGACGUUUAGUUCAAUUGAGCUCGAUGGUACUAACGUACGACUUACGGCCAAGAAGGAGAUCAUAUUAUCAGCAGGCCCGGUCAACACUCCUCAAAUACUCAUGAACUCGGGUGUUGGAGAUCGCGAGGAGUUACUCAAACUUGGAAUCCCUGGCGUCCUACACCUACCGAGCGUAGGAAAGAACUUUUCUGAUCAACCAAUAGUAGAAGUCGCUUACUCAGUCAACUCGAACGAUCCUCUCAGCAACACAAAUUCCACUCUACAAGCCAUGGCAUUGGCUCAAUGGGAAUUCAACAGGACGGGACCAUACGUCAAUCCAGCUUCCAACUUCAUUGCCUGGACGCGUCUACCAUCGAAUUCUGCCGCGCUUAAGACAGGUAUAGAUCCAGCAGCAGGACCGAAUACUCCUCACUUGGAAUUCGUACCUUUUAGCCCGACUUCUCAAGCAUUGGAGCCAGGUAAUAGCGGCGGCAUGGGCUUUAUUUUGGUAACUCCAGGCUCAAGAGGUUCCGUUUCGCUCAAUUCUACAGAUCCAUUAGGAAAGCCCCUCAUCGACAUGGGAUUCUUCACAAACAGAUUCGAUAUUCUUGCUAUGGUGGAAGGUAUCAAGCUCACACAAGAAUUUUACAAAGCUCCGGUCUGGAAAAAUUAUAUUAUUGAGCAAACAUCUCCAUUCGCUAAUGCAACGGAUGCCGACCUCGAAGACUUUAUUCAAAACACUGUGUUCAGUACUCAGCAUGGAGUUGGCACUGCCGCGAUGUCUGCAGUCAACGCCAAUUAUGGUGUGGUCAAUCCUGAUCUCCUUGUCAAAGGUGCUUCUGGUCUUCGUAUCGUCGAUGGUUCUAUAUUGCCUUUCAUCAUCAGUGGACAUACUCAAGCUCCUGUGUACGCAAUUGCAGAGCAUGCAUCGGAUCUCAUUAAAAACGCAUGGAAGUGA